AUGCCCACCCCACCUAAGACCGUCGACAAGAAGAUCCCUUCUCCCAAGGCCAAGAAGGUCUCCACCCCAUCCACCUCCUCCACCUCCUCUAAUACUGGCAACGCGAAUCAUGACCGUACAAGCUGCUCGAGCAGUCACAACAGGAUUGGCGGUACCCUGCCACCACCCCCUCCUCCUCCUCCUCCAGUGGCUUUCAGGAGCAUUUCCGCCCCGCCUUCAGCUCCAGAGCCUCCAGUAGUCCCAUCCAACGGUCCUCUCGGAUCCUUCUUAGUCGAAUUGCUGAUCUUUAAUGGCUCACCGUUUAAGGAUCACUGGUCGUUCUUUAUUCGCUCCCACACAAGUUCUGACAUAGGCGUUGUGAUUCACGCGACGGGCGACGUAAGAAAUGGUUUCGAGUUCCAGCUCAAGCGUAGCCAUGACCUCAAUACUACCGGAAACGUUCCUACGAGAAGGGUCAAGCUGCAAUGGGUUCAGGGUGAAUACUUCAAGGAGGUGGAGAUGCUCAAUUUUGGAGUGCAUAAAAUCGAUACUGUGCCUGUCUGCCCUUUCGAGGCCAGCGCACAUAAGGAGAAGGCUCCUGGAAAAACUUUGAAUGCCGUUGAGGACACGGCUCAACGUGGCAAUAAGAUUACCCAGAAGGACUGUCAGUCAUGGCUUGUGGCGGCCGCCGACCACAUAGUGGAGGACGGCAUUUUUGAUCCUGAGGUUGGUGUCUACCUCCACGCUAUCAAACAGUAA